AUGGAGAACACUGAUUACUGUCAGCUAUGCACGCUAACAAUGGAUCAGUUGAAGGAAUGGAUCCAGAAACCAUCUAUGAAAACACUGUACGAGAAAGCAGUUGAUGCUGCUUGCAAACAUACUGGAGCGAUGUAUAGCAUGUGCAAAGAAACCAUAAUGUACGGAAUUCAAGUGGCGAUCGAGUUUGUGGAAAAAGAAGACUCGACGGCUGCAUGUCGUUCAGGUUCCAAGCACAGUGUCGUUAAGGAAUUUGCGAUGGAUUAA